UGUACGCUCACGAACAUUUCGCACAGCUGCGGGACUUUCCGGUCAGGCCGCGUUCAUUAAACACUGUCGCUUCCAGUCAGCGAAUCGUGCGGGUCUUUGGGAGCUGCCGCACGGCGUAAAGGAACAUGGUUAUGCCGGCAAACAGCGUCCUCGCGUUGCUCUUGACUUUGACGUGCCUCUGUUGCGCGUGGACCCAAGAAACGGGCGGCGCUGUCCUUUUGGAAGAGGGAGAAUCUCUGGUUGUACGUAUCUCUGCGGGUAAAUUACGCGGCGCAAAGCGUCCUGCGUUGGACGACAAGUACGUCUACGCUUUUACUGGAGUGCCUUACGCUAGACCGCCGGUUGGAGAGCUGCGGUACCAGAAGCCCGAGCCCGCUGCGCCAUGGGCUGAAGAAGUCAGAGACGCGACGAGGACGCCCCCUUCGUGCAUGCAACUCAACGUAGCUUCGCCUAGGAAUCUAGUAUGGGUGCCAUACGAUCAGCCAAAAAGCGAGGACUGCCUGUACUUGAACGUAUGGACACCCAAGCUGAACGCUUCAGUAGGGUUACCGGUGAUGGCCUGGCUUCAUGGAGGUGGUUUUCAAUCGGGAUCCGCUGCCAUGCCACUUGAUGAUGGAACACACUUGGCAGCCCUCGGCGAUGUCGUGGUGGUAACCAUCGCCUACAGGUUGCUGUCAUUCGGCUUCCUGUAUGACGAAACGCCCGCUGCCCCAGGAAACAUGGGCUUGCACGACCAGCAGCUCGCAUUGAAAUGGAUCCAGGAAAACGUCGCCGCCUUCGGCGGCAACCCCGCGGAAGUCACACUGUUCGGAUGGAGCGCCGGCGGCAUUUCUACCGGUUUUCAUCUGCUCUCACCAGGAAGCAAGACUCUUUUCAAGCGAGCCAUCAUCCAAAGCGCCGGCGUAACCAAGACGGGACGAGCAAAAGACAAGUCUGAAAUGCUAAACUACUCCCGAAAAUUCGCUGCUAGCUUUGGAUGCUAUAGCGAGGACUCGGCUGCGAACACAUCUCAGAGCAUUGCGGCAUGCAUGAAGAAAAUAAACGCCACUCUACUUACGUCUGCUGAGCCAACGUUCGUUGGCGGGAUCUUUGAACCCAUCUUUGGAGACGAGUUCUUGCCCGUAGAGCCCCGCAUCGCGGAGUUCCCAGGCGAUAAGGACGUCAUCAUAGGGCAGACUGCCAACGAAGGAACCAACCAGAUUUACAUAGAAUUCAGAGAUACCUUUUCCGAGGCUCUUCCUCCCCGACGAAUUAACAAAGCAGAAAUGGUGCAUUUCUUGAGCAGUUUGUACAAUAAACUCUCCCUGUCCGAUAUAGAGAAGCUUCAGGAAGAGUACAUGGGGGAUAUCGGAGACUUCGAUUACGACGCCCUUCGACAGGCGCUGGCCGAAACAAAGGGUGACUCGCACGUGACUUGUGGUGCCCUCAACACCGCGUGCAAGUUGGCCAAUGCAACCGCCGACGCGCAAUCGGGGAAGGGAGUCCGAUAUUACGAGAUGAACUACGUGUCCGCCUGUCCAAACAAGCUGCCGUGGUUCGGCAUGACCCACGGCGACGACCUGCCGCAAGUGUUCGGCAGGGCCUUCGAUAAGCAGGGUGGAUGUGCCGGUGACAUUUCGUACAGCAGGCGCAUCAUGCAGAUGUGGAGUGAUUUCGCACAUGGAAGGUCUCUUUCCGGAUCCGGAGGUGCUGACUGGCCAAAGUUCACAUCAGACUCCAGGUCCUACUUGAAACUUACAGCAACAGGAACAGAAGUGUCCACUUUCAACAAUGGGGAACGCUGCAAGACACUCAAAGAACUAAAACUUUAUUGAAGUAAUGAGGGACUACAGUGGUUUAAGUGCCUAAUUCUAAGUAUUGUAACAACAAAAAUAACGGGGGGUCACACCUGACAACGAAAACACACAUGCCUAUAUAUAUAUAGGUGUGGGAAGGGGAAGAAAAUAAAUCGAGGGGCUCGAUUUGAGAGAUAACAGUAAGAAGCCAACAGGCAUUCACACCAAGUAAAACAUUAAAGAAAAUUUUUGUUGUUUUAAUUCAUUUAUAAAGUGUAGUAAAUAAUAAACAAAUGAACAUAAAUUGGAGGAGUUGACAGUUGAAAUAGAGUUGACAGUCAGCGUUUGUGUCCUAUCCCUUAUACUUUGUGGUUGCAUGUGCUUGCGCUGUAAACAGUUUUUAUGUCAAGUAUGCACCAACUCGUCCAGAAAGAAGUUUUAAUGGAGGAAAAAACAACAGGCAGCACAUGACCUGCAAACCCGCUUUCGGAAUAUUAGUGCGAUUCUUUUACUAACUCAGCAAGCACAACGCCAAUGUGCCGUUCGCAUUCUGGGCUUCUUAUGAAUGUUUGUGUAUGUGUAUUGUACAAUGUAUGCGCACAUACAUAUAAGGAGAGAGACACAAGAGCGAGAUAAAUGCAUUGGGAAAAUGUGAGAA